AUGACAUCUGCUUUGAGUGACAAAUUACCAAAGAACUUCAGUGGUGAAAGCAAACGAAAAAGGAUGACAAAAGACAAAAGUAAGAAGAAAAGCCAUCAAGGCAGACCCUCACCUGAGGAAAUUAUGAGAAUCAGGAAAGAAAGAGAAGCCAAACGAAGUUUGAGGGCUAAAUUGCUUGCAGAGGGCAAAGAUCCAGAUGACCCACAACAUAGACCAUACUUCAAGAAAAGAGAGUUGUUGGAGGUGCCGCAUAUUAUUCCUAUUGAAAGUAAUGAAGAUGCUAUUCCGCUCAGAAUCAUGACAUACAAUUUACUUGCACAGACUCUUAUAAGGCGAUCAAUGUUUCCAGACAAUGGCAGGAUUUUGAAGUGGACAGUGAGGAGUAAUCCUUUGUAUCAGGAGGUGAAAUACUACGAUUGUGACAUCAUCUGCAUGCAAGAAAUGGAUUAUAUCAACUACCAGAAGUUUUGGACUGCCAAAAUGAGUGAACUAGGUUAUCAAGGCCACUUUAACAGAAACGAGAACAAGAGCCAUGGUGUGGCGAUCUUUUUUCGAAAAUCCAUGUUUGAGAUGAUCGACCACACACAUAUCCAGUAUGAUAGUACCGAAACGGCUGGGAUCGAACCACGAACAACUACACAAAAUGUAGGAAUUGUGAUCGCAUUGGCUUUAAAAGGACACAAGGAUAGUGCUGUGCUUAUUGGAACAACUCAUCUCUUUUGGCACCCAUUCGGAACUUACGAGCGGACACGUCAAACUGCAAUUCUCCUCAUGAAGGCGAAAGAGUUCGAGAAACGUGUUAAAGUUCUUCAUCCAGACAUAAAUAAAGUGUGGAGCUUUUUUGCAGGUGAUUUCAAUUCGCAACCAUUUGACUCACCAUAUCUUUCCAUCACCAGCAAACCGGUUCACUAUGAUGAUAGGUGUAAGACUGUUAUAGGCUGCUCGACGUCGUUUGAGUUCUCAAAUAAAAGGGAUGGUGGAGAAGGUGAGGAGGAAGAAGGAGGAAAUAUCGAGCUUUAUGGGGAAAAUCAACCAAAAACACCUGUUCCGGAUCACUUUGAUCCAACUAAGGAGCAGCAAGAAAUGGUGGAUGAGAUGGAAAAGCUGCACAACAGUCUGCCAUACAGAGCAAUAUCACUUUAUUCUGUGGCCUAUGGUUUAGUAGACCCCAAGAAUUCCGGAAUAGACAACACAAGAAAUGAACCGUUCUUUUCUAAUUGGGCACACACAUGGAGAGGUCUUCUUGACUAUAUAUUUGUCAUUAGAGAUUGGAAUUGCAAGGAAGAUAAUCGUGCUGUUGACAGUCUUGAAAAAUUUGAGGAUGAAAAUCACAUUCGGCUUAAUCGCUUGCUAAAAAUGCCACAUCCAGAUGAAAUGGAUAAGGGUUUGCCGAGAGAAUAUCUUUACCCGAGUGACCAUUUGUGUAUGGUUGCACAAUUGAGUUUACUACUGUGA